CAGCGUCCAACCUCUGGAAACUAUGGCAACGAGUGCAGAUCCCAUGACAGCGGAGUAGGGGGAGGGAACGAUGAUAACUUUGAUGCAAUGUUUUGGAAGAUGGGAGCAAACAGUAUGAAGAAAUUCUUUACAGCUCUGAACACAAUGGAAACCAAAAGUUUGAGUUUAACCAGAGAGGUUCUGAAGGAACGUAAGCAGCUGGAAGUUGCAGUGGUGGGAUUGCAGACGCAGAUCCGAGUUGGUCUCACCAAACUGGAAGAACUCAGGAAAACGGAACAAGCUCUGAACCAACACCAAACCGAGCUGGAUGCAAAUAAAAACUUUGACUACGAGAUUGAAGUUACACAUCCAGUAAAGGAGGAUAUUAGUGGGACUGGUUAUUAUAUAACCAACUGUCAGAAAUGUUUCUUUACCUGCCACUUUCCCUGCGGCUAUUCUAACGACGAUGAUAAACGUGAAUGUUGUGCAAUGGACCAACAAGGGAACUGUAUGGUCUGUCCACUAAAGUGCAUCUGGAAUGUUCACUUCAACCAAAAGUACAAGUUUGAUUAUGUAACGAAAAAGGAGAAGAAGACAUACAGUGAGCUGAAAGAAAAGUACGAGAAGGCCUAUGGUGCGAAGAUGAGCCAACAGAAUGUUAUGGAAUCACUUAAGCAGGAGUUUGCUGACGUGAAGUACACAGUUCUGGCGCUGAUUGAUCAAUUAUCUGGCAGCAUUAGACGACUUGAAGAAAUAGCUCUGAGGCCAAACCCAUUAUCCACCCCAGCUUACAUUGACCUCAUGAUUCAGUCUGAGAAAGAAGAGGCGAAGCCCGGGUUCAUGGAGCGAAUUCAGACACUGGGGAAAGUAAAGGAACAGGCAGAGUUAAUACAAAAGGUAGCAAAUAAUGAGAAUAUGUUACCAGGGGGGUUGAAGGGAGGUCCAAUGGUUGGGAAAAGUGCUGGAAAAAAGACAGAAGGAAGAUUUUCUAAAGUAAUAAAUUGGUUCACAUUCAAAUAGUAGAUGAUAACAAUUCCAACUGUUCCCAAUAGAGGGUGCAAAUGUUUCACUCAGCCCUGAAACAAUCCAUUCUUCUAAUUCCCCCUCCUUCUCCUGCCUCACCUUCCCACAGCCUUUCACACCACACCUUGCUUCUUCAAUGCUGCCCCACCAUCACCAGCUAGCUGCCACUCCCUUCACCCUGCUACUUGGCCAAGUACCACAUCAUUACCUCAUGAGAGCCUGAAGAAUCUAUCCACAACCCUUCCUGUUCCAUGUUCAUGUUACCGCGCGGAAAGCUCACCUAAAUCACGGCGCCCAAUUCUUCACUAGAUGGGCUGCCCCCUGCACUAGAUCAUAACCUUCUUCCCCAAACCCCACUCUGUCCGUGAGGUCAGACGGCACAUUUCCCACUCAGCGUCAGAGGAGGGGAAGCUUUCUGUCAGCUCUGUGUCUCUCCCUGGUCAUCGCCAGAGUUCGAGUCACGGGCUGGUGGGGGGUAAUGUAGUCAUAGACAAUGUCAUGGAAACUGUUCUAUCCCCCCCCCCCCCCCCCCCAGCCUCAGGACAAGAUACAGAGUGCGCGUCAAACUCAGCAGGACUCGACCUCUGUCGCCACUGAGACAGCGACACACACACAGGAACUCCUCCAGCUCACAGGCACGUUGAGAAGUUGGUCUCAUCAAGAGCACGAGAAGGACCAAAUGAAAUGGAGCAUCACAUCACAGAACAACCUCCUUCACUCUCCAUGUGCUCACCACUCAGGGAUCAGUACCUUCCAUGUCCUGGACACCAUCACCCGAUGGACAAUGGACCUUCUCCAUGAAGAAGGAGCCUCAGGCCAAAGCCAACCAAAUACCCCCACCUGCACACAAAACCAUCUGCAAGAGGGACCACAGGGCACCAGACAUCUGGGAACUAGAGCUGGGAGACAGCUGCUGAGUAUCGCCGUCAUUGGAAUGUGAUCCAGAGUAGAUUACAUGGUGGUGUUUACAGGGAGAUGUGGAACUGGUUAAAAGCAAAUAUUAGUUGGGCGAGCUAGACUGCCUUCCAGACACGAUGGACUGAAUGGCCUUCUGCCGUGCUGUGACUAUCCCAGAUUGCACCAGACCCAUUCUCCAGCUUGACCUUCACCUUGAUGUGAGCUUCUGGUUCCAUGUUUAUUAUAUUACCGAGGUCUUGUUCUACCUUCGAGACUUGGGAUAAAAGCAUCGGUGAAAUUCAGGUAUAGGGUAAUGAGUGAGGAUGGGGAAGGACAUCUGAGCCCCCUUGUGAACAGGCUCAGAGUCCCUCUUGAACUCAGGGACAGGGUACGAGCUUACUUUCCCCGCUGCCUAAUGCACAUCCUGUUCAUCGAUUCGCCAGCAACUGAGGCAGAGUUUCUGUGUCCCAGCUGGUAACGGGACUGAGUCACCACAUUGACUCCUUCCUGCCCUGCUGUGGCACAUGCCUAGCCUGCAAGUCCUGCAUAUCGGAAUGGAGUUCCUCCUAGUCCCGAUGGCAUUUCAUGCAUUUUGCAAGUCCUGGCCUUGUUUGUCCUCCCAAAUCAUAUCUCAUAUCGGCAGUGACUCCCACCUACCAUCCCUCUGUCCAUUUCACCAAAUGAACAAUAUAUCAAGUAGUCUCAGACUAGACUGCUCAUGACUGACAUCAAUUUGCAUGUCAUCUUCAAACUUGCUAAUCAGACUUCUGUCUUGAGAUAAAAAUCAUUCUUCUUUUCAACUGUCAGGCCCCAUCACCAGCCUCUCUGACACAACAUUGGUCAUGAUCAUAAAUUCUCCACAUCACGCUCUGAAUCCUAUUAACAAGCCCAUUAUGGAUCCAAUUUCUUCUAGAUCCCAAAAGCUCGAACCUCCGUGACAAGUUUCCCUUAUAUGCCCUGUCAAAGACCACAUUACCCUCAAUGCCCUCGUCAAUACAUUCUAUUGUCUCUUCAAACAAAUAAUCAGAUUGAUCAAGUAGGAUCACUUCUUUUUUAUUUUUUUUAAUUAAUAUUUUUAUUAGAAGCAAUUGUACGAAGAUAAAACAUUCGGCAUCUAAAAUUAUACAAUUAUUGUACAGCUUCAUUUUUAACCUUAUAACCUGAAAAUGAAAAAAGAAAAGUAAAAGAGAACAAGAAAGGGAAAAAGUGAACAGUGAAAAGAUAGAUCGAAAAAGAACAAAAGAAAGACCCCUAAACUACCAAAGAAGUGUGGUCGAAAGAUAUGGAAGUAAGAAAAAAGAAAGAUGGAGAUAUACCUUGCCUCUCGACCCCCCCCCCCCCCCCCCCCACCCCCCGCCCUUCU